GAAGUUGGGGUACAUCUUUGUAGAGAGAGGUAGCUUUACUUAUCAUUUUUACACCGGUUGGAGUGGUCUGGAAGAGUGAAGACGCAUGCCUCCCUGUAAUCCCUGACCCUUAACCUAGACACUAGAGCAAAACGAACCGCGAAAGGAAGGGCGAGGAAGGCGCGUCGCCUUGCCUCAUCUUCACUGCCGCCGGCUGCCCGCCUCACCUCGACGCUGCCCUCGUCCCUCCUGGUCGGCGCCGUCCAGCAGGCUCUUCAAAUGUUAGUCUCCUCAGAAUCUCAUUUUCUUGUCCGGGUGCUGAAUGGCACCUUCCAAAUCCUAGACUCUAUCAAAGACCGAAUUGGUUUGGUAGUUAGUGAUUUUUUCAGCUCCAUUCCCAGCUCAGAGUUGCUCAAUGCAAGAUUCGUGUGUAGGAAAGGUGGAAUUAUGCAAAGUGCUAUAUGUCACAAACCAAAAACUAAAGAUAGCUUGUCCGAGAGGAACGAGCUGCCUCCAAAUCCGGAUGGAGAUAUGGGUGCAGUGUUCAAUGUUUUGGAUUCGAUGUUGAAGGACAUGUUGGACCGUUUAAAGAGUAUGAGGGAAGAAACAAUACGGACCUGCGUUGGCUUCGAUAGCAUAUCAAAGAAAAAUCUGCAUAUUUAUGAACAAUUCAUUAGAGAAUUGUGUAUGGAAGGUAAAGUGGGGGCAGCUUUCUCUCUCUGCAGCAAGGUGAUGCAUAAAUAUGGCACUCCUAGCAUAUAUACUCACAACUAUCUUAUUAAUGGACUCUGUGAAACUGGCAACUUGGACAAAGCCUUAUGGAUUGUUGAAGAGAUGAAAUGCAGGGGUCCUAGUCCUAGUUGUGCUACAUAUAAUGCCUUAAUUAAAGGUUAUAUCCUUAUGAAUAAUAUUGACAAAGCUCUGGAGAUAUUCUCAACAAUGGACAGCAAUGGCAUAACCCCAAAUAGAGUUUCUUGUAACAUACUUGUUGAUGCACUUUGUAAGAAGGGUUUUAUUCGGGAAUCAAAGAAACUUUUGAAGAUGAUAUUAAGCGAUAAGCAUGAUGACCCAAGUUUAAUCACAUCAACUAUAAUCAUGGAUGGUUGCUUUAAACAUGGUGAUAGUAGUCAAGCUCUUGCCACAUGGGAGAGGUUAAGGAGUAUUCCAAUCGAUCGUAUCACCUACAAUGUUAUCAUCAAUGGUUACUGUUUGAAAAGGGACAAGAUCAUGGCACUCAGCUACACGUGUCAAAUGCUGAAGACUGGUUUUAUGCCUGAUAUCUUUUCUUACAACAUGUUAAUUGGUUUGCUUAGCAAGGAAAGACAAAUGGAUGAAGCUUGUUAUAUCUUCUCUGUUAUGACAAGAAUGGGUGUUCGUCCAGACAGAAUCACUUACAAGAUCAUUAUUCAAGGGUUGUGUAUGAGUGGGGAUGUUGCUAAAGCAAAUUAUUUCCUAUGUUGUAUGCUAGAGAAUUCUAUUAUACCUGAACCUCUCAUUUGGAAUGUUAUUAUUCAUGGCUAUGGGAAGCUUGGAAAUGUACAUAGAGCUGAAGACGUUAGAAGCCAGAUGGUGGCAUCAGGUGUUCUACCCAAUGUAUUUACUUACAAUGCCCUGAUUUAUACACAUAUAAACGAUCAAAAUUUCAUUAAAGCUUACUCAAUGAAAAGGGAGAUGCUAUUACAUGGAGUUUUCCCUGAUGCGGUUACGUUUAAUAUGCUGAUUGGUGCAGCAUGUAGUGUUGGCGAUAUUGAUUUCGCACUCCGCCUACAUGGAGAUAUGUUGAGAAUGGGCUGUGAACCAGAUGCUAUUACUUACACCGAGCUGCUUCGUUACUGUUGUAUAUCGUAUAAAAUGAAAGAGGCAGACUGGCUCUUUGACAGGAUAAGGAGUUCAGGGAUAAGACUAGACCAUGUUCCGUUUCUNCGUUUCUACUAUUGAUGAAAAGAUACUGGGGGAUGAGGGAGCUUGACAAAGUGUAUGUUCUUUAUCAAGAAUGGUUAAUGAUAAAGGACAUUUAAUUGCUGCCCACAAAAAGAAUAUUGAUGUUAAGCUUGUGAUGGAAUUAGUAAAGAGGAUGCGUCCACCAAGACAAUAGAUGGAUUCUGCUGAACCUCGGUGAAGCUUCUAUUUUCGUGAAAUUCCCAAGAGAAAUUGAGGAUAGUGUUCUGCUUUUCGACACUAAAAGGGGAAUUACACAUUGAGCUACCAAGGGGAAGACAAGAGAUUCCCAUUUCUUAAUAGCAGUAAUUGGAGACGAAUAUAUAACAAGAAGAAGAAGAGCUAUGAGACCAUUGUUGACAUCUUGGAUGAUCACGAGGUUUUUACCCGUUGUUCGAUGGGGCAAAGCUGUGAAUGGACCAUGUAGGGGUGGACAUGGUUCCGGUUCUGAACUGGUACCGGAACCGGAGCCCAUAAAUUUGGAGAACCGGAAUCGUAACAAAAAAUGAGGAAUGCAGUUCUGGUUCCUAUAUUUUAGAACUGGAACUGGUGGUUAUGUUUCUCAAUUUCAUUUCAAUUUUUUGUUUACCUGUAUUUAUAGUAAAAUUAAUCAUUGGAU